UAUAUCGCUAUAAUCUAUCCGCUGGCAUCGGCACGACUAACCAAAACCUUCGGAACCGUUAUAAUCAUCAUAAUAUGGGCGUUGGCUAUAGGGCUGGGCUCGAUCUCGUGGUACAACUCGGUGGCCGAGCCCUUCCAGUUCGCCAACAAAACCCUAUACGACUGUAAGGAGACCUGGAGUAUGGAUACUGCCCGCACGUUCACGUUAGCCAUAUUCAUCAUCACAUUCGCGUUGCCCAUCCUGGUGCUCACGUACGCCUACGGGUCGGUAGGCCUCAAGAUGUUGAGACACACCAUCCCCGGGAACGCCGAUCUGGUGCGCGACGAGGCCCAGAAUAGCGCCAAAAUUAAGGUUAAUAAGGUGAUUAAAAUGUUGUCAACGAUUGUGUUGUUAUUUGCCAUUUGUUGGCUCCCCAUCCAUGUCCUCAAUCUAUUCAUAUACUUCGCUCGCGAGUGGUUGGAGAAGAUAUACGAAACGGAGUCGGGAUAUAAGGCUUACAUCGCCUUAACGAUAGGCGCCCAUUGGUUCUCAAUGGCUAACUCUUUCGGUGAGAAAUGA